AUGUCUGGACGUGGCAAAGGUGGAAAGGGCCUCGGAAAGGGUGGUGCUAAGCGUCACCGCAAGAUUCUUCGCGACAACAUUCAAGGUAUCACCAAGCCUGCUAUUCGCCGUCUCGCCCGUCGUGGUGGUGUAAAGCGUAUCUCUGGUCUCAUUUACGAGGAGACACGUGGCGUCCUCAAGAUCUUCCUGGAGAAUGUUAUCCGUGACUCUGUCACCUACACUGAGCAUGCCAAACGCAAAACUGUCACUGCCCUCGAUGUCGUCUACGCCCUCAAGCGUUCUGGCCGCACUCUGUACGGUUUCGGUGCUUAA